GCACAACAACAAAAACAACACACAGAAAAAACAGCAAAAUAGAGCCAGCCUUAGCUACCAAAUAUUUAUAUUAGAAUUUUACCUACCCCGGCUGCGAAGUGCGCGCUUUUUACUGCGAUUUUUCGGCUGCCCCUCACACACACGCGCACGCACACGAACAGUGAUUGCGCAAUUCCAGUGGAACGAGUGGAGUGUGGUGGUGUUCGGUGUGUGUGUGUAAACAACAAGCGGACGACAAGGAAACAGAAACAACGGGAAUUGAUUGGGACGAGUGGAGCUUUUGAUGGGCAACUCGCAACCGCGUAAUGCAAGCAGAAGCAGAAGGACAUCCCAGUGGCCACAAGGCGCAGCGGAACUAGGCGCCACAGCCAGCGAUCACCACUACCACCAGGAGGAGCUGCAUCGGGAGCAGCAGCAGCAACAACAGCCGCAACAGGAGGAGGAGCAACCGAGCAGCAGGAGGAUCCAGUUCCAGGCCCAAACCAACCAGCCAACACAGUCGCAUCCUCCGGGCGAGGAGGAACAGCCUGUACAAUCACAGCAGCAACAGCUUUCCACCUGGAGUCUUGGCAGCCUUAGCGGAGGACGACUCAACUGGAGCUUCUCCGGUGCCCGCAACUCAUUUCGCCAUCGAAACAAGGCCACGCGAAAGAGCUUGACCUCACUUCAUGGCUCUCGUCGUGGCAAGACUCAGUGGCACCGACCUCUGACCAACUCAAUCUUCAACUCGCACUUUAAGGAGUCCAGCAAGAACGAUCUGUACCGUAUCGAUCAUUUGGUGGCCAAGGGAGCCUUCGGCGUGGUCUUCAAGGUGUCCAGCAAGAGUGACAACAGUCAGUUCUACGCCCUGAAGGUGCUGAAGAAAUCAAAGCUCAUAGAAGACAACAGCGUACGGCAGAUUAAGGACGAGGCGGACAUUCAGAAGGUUUGCGGCCAUCAUCCGUUUAUCGUGAAGCAAAUAGAUCUGUGGCAAAACCGCCACAACCUCCAUAUUCUAUCGGAGUACGUACCCAACGGCGAGUUGUUCUCGAAAAUAACUCACUUCUCCAUUGAUCUGGUUCGCUUGUACAUUGGCGAGAUAGCACUUGCCUUGGAUUUUCUCCACAACGCUGGGAUUAUAUAUCGUGAUGCGAAGCCGGAGAACAUCCUGCUAACUGAACAGUUUCACAUAAAGCUAACCGACUUCGGCCUUAGCAAGUGGCUCAAACUGGGGGCAAACACGCGCACCAUGUGUGGCACUUUCAAAUACAUGGAUAUUCACAAGGUUCCAUUGACCACCGCUUAACCCACGAGCAUGCUGGACUUACAUGUCCUCGGCAGGAUUUAAAAGCAGGAGGGAGAUUUGCAUAGAUGUAGAUAGCCAUUAGCUAUCCAGAUCCCACCAAAUGUAUAAGCUAUAUCCCCUUCAUCAUCCAUGCAAAACGUUCCAAAAACAAGCUUUGAGCUCCACUAGCAAGCAGUUGCUGUCAGCCGAGCAAAUAUACUUUGUUAAUUAUAUUUUAAUCGCCAAUGUAAAUAACGAAAACGAUGCAAGCUAUGAAAUUGUGCACGGUGUGCGAGAGAAGAAUCGAGCUGAACAGAAGAAAAGCAAGCAUUAACGAAUUCAGAAACCAUCUAAAACCUAAUGUUUAGAUCGUGGCAAGUAGCGAUGAGGCGGUAGAAAUGUAUGUAUAAAAGAUUGUGAUUGUACUUGUAGUGAUUAAACUAUAGUACGGACUCCAUGUACCCAUGGAUAUCCAAUAUGUAGACAUGUAUGUAUGUAUAUCAAUGUUUAUCUAUAUGUCCAAACUAUAAAAGUAAUCGAUAAAUGUACUUUACGACUUAACUAAUAUUGUAAAAUCGAUUUAAGCGGAAUAAAUCCUUUGAAGCACACGUUCAAAGUAGAAAUGUAA